GGCCCUGUACGGGAGCAGAGGUACACAAUAAAGGUGCUAAGAACGAGGAUGUAAGACAGGAAAAUAAAUAUCCUUACUGAGUGUUGUCAGCAGGCCACGUUUAAGAGGUGUCUCCUACUCCCUGUUGCCAGUGGCUGCAGCACAAUGGAUCACACAGGGGCAAUAGAUGCAGAGGAUGAAGUGGGACCUUUAGCUCAUCUUGUUCCAAGUCCUCAAAGUGAAGCUGUGGCUCACGAAUUCCAGGAACUCUCCUUGCAGUCCAGCCAGCAUUUACCUCCUAUGAAAGAAAGGAAGAAUGGAAAUAUAGUCUUUUGGGAGUCAAGACUCCAGUCUCCUCUGCUGACUCAGUCUGUGAGCAUGGUGCUCCAGCUGAGACUGCAACAGAGGAGGACAAGAGAACAACUAGUGGACCAGGGCAUCAUGCCACCUUUGAAGAGCCCAGCCGCAUUCCAUGAACAGAUAAAAAGCUUGGAACGAGCCAGAACCGAAAACUUUUUGAAACACAAGAUUCGGAGUCGUCCAGAUCGUUCUGAACUUGUCAGGAUGCACAUUUUAGAAGAAACAUUUGCAGAGCCAUCCCUGCAGGCUACUCAGAUGAAGUUGAAAAGAGCUCGGCUAGCAGAUGAUCUGAAUGAAAAGAUUGCUCAAAGACCUGGUCCCAUGGAACUGGUAGAGAAAAACAUCCUUCCUGUGGACUCCAGUGUUAAGGAAGCAAUUAUAGGCGUUGGGAAAGAGGACUAUCACCACACUCAGGGUGAGUUCUCGUUUGACGAAGACAGCAGUGAUGCUUUGUCUCCAGACCAGCCUGCAAGCCAGGAGUCACAGGGGUCAGCUGCGUCCCCAAGUGAGCCAAAAGUUAGUGAAUCACCAUCUCCUGUGACUACAAACACUCCAGUCCAGUUUGCUUCAGUGUCCCCAGCAGUUCCUGAAUUUUUGAAAAGUCCUCUGACUGCAGAUCAGCCUCCCCCAAGGCCCACAGUUCCUGUCCUCCCCACAAACACUGUGUCCUCGGCAAAGCCUGGCCCCGCGCUGGUGAAGCAAAGCCAUCCUAAGAAUCCCAGCGACAAACACCGUAGCAAAAAGUGCAAAGAUCCCAAACCACGGGUGAAGAAGUUAAAGUACCACCAAUACAUUCCACCAGAUCAGAAAGGUGAGAAGAACGAGCCACAGAUGGACUCCAACUACGCCCGCCUGCUCCAGCAGCAGCAGCUCUUCCUGCAGCUGCAGAUCCUGAGCCAGCAGAAGCAGCACUACAACUACCAGACCAUCCUGCCCGCGCCAUUCAAGUCACUCAAUGACAAAAAUAAUAGCAGUGGAAAUUCAGCUUUGAACAAUACCACACCUAACACACCAAGACAGAAUGCAUCUGCUCCCGUGAGAAAGCCAGGACCUCUGCCUUCUAGCUUGGAUGACUUAAAGGUAUCAGAACUGAAGACAGAACUGAAGUUAAGGGGUCUGCCAGUGUCGGGCACCAAACCAGACCUCAUCGAACGCCUGAAACCCUUCCAGGAAGUGCACAGCAGCAGCCUCACUGCAGGCGGUAUCAUGGCAGUGUCAUCAUCGGCUGUCAUCACCAGUAAUCCAGAAGUCACCAUGGCAUUGCCAGUUACAACACUACAUAGCACCGUGACUAACUCAGUCUCCACUCUGAAGGCAGAAUUACCGUCUGCCGGCACCAGCAACGUAGCCCGUGUGGAAAAUGUUCAUUCCCCUCUGCCCAUCUCACCAUCUCCCUCUGAACAGUCCAGUCUCAGUACUGAUGACACAAACAUAGCAGACACUUUCACUGAGAUUAUGACCAUGAUGUCUCCUUCACAGUUCUUGGGUUCAUCUCCUUUGAGAAUGGCAAAUAAUGAAGACAGCCUGAGUCCUACUAGCAGCACUCUGUCAAAUCUAGAACUGGAUGCCGCUGAGAAGGAUCGCAAGCUUCAGGAGAAAGAGAAGCAGAUUGAAGAGCUAAAGAGGAAACUGGAACAAGAGCAGAAGCUCGUGGAAGUUCUGAAAAUGCAACUUGAGGUUGAAAAACGAGGGCAGCAGCAGCGGCCCCUGGAACUCCAGCCCAGUACCCCAGCUCAUUCUGUCAACAAGUCAGAUCAGAAAAACGGCGGUGCUGGCUCCUCUGUCAAGAACGAGGCCUCGCUCCCUGACUGCUCCAGCUCCAGGCAGCCUGUGUCGGUAGCCAGCCACUCUGUAGGCCAGCCUGUUUCUACAGGUGGCCAGGCCCUUGUUGCCAGAAAGGCUGUAGUUAUCAAACAAGAGAUCCCCGUGGCCCAGGCAGAGCAGCAGAGUGUCGUCUCACAGUUUUAUGUGAGUUCCCAAGGACAGCCGCCGCCUGCUGUUGUUGCUCAGCCCCAGGCUUUACUGACCACACAGACUGCUCAGCUGCUGCUCCCGGUGUCCAUCCAGGGCUCAAGUGUCACCUCAGUGCAGCUCCCAGUAGGCAGCCUCAAACUCCAGACUCCACCACAAGCAGGAAUCCAGACUCAGUCUCAGAUAGCGACUGCUGCACAGAUACCCACUGCUGCCUUGUCCUCAGGCUUGACCCCGACUGUACCUCAGAAACAAGACACUUUCACGCAGCAUGUGCUCAGUCAGCCUCAACAAGUCAGAAAGGUUUUCACAGACUCAGCAUCAUCAAAUACAGUUCUUCCAUAUCAGAGACAACCUGCUUCAUCGGUCCAACAGCCCUUCAUUAAUAAGGCCUCCAGCAGCGUUCUUCAAUCCCGAAAUGCUCCACUUUCAUCCCUGCAAAAUGGACCCAACGCUCCCAGCAAGCCUAGUCCGUCCCCUCCACCCCAACAGUUUGUCGUCCAGCACUCUCUGUUUGGGAGUCCAGUCACCAAGACAAAAGACCCUCCCCGCUAUGAAGACGCCAUUAAGCAGACACGCAGUGCACAGGCCUCCCUCCCAGAGAUUUCCAAUGCACACAGUCAGCAGAUGGACGACCUCUUUGAUAUCCUCAUUAAGAGCGGAGAGAUUUCCCUCCCUAUAAAAGAAGAACCUUCUCCUAUUUCCAAAAUGAGACCAGUGACAGCCAGCAUUACAACAAUGCCAGUCAAUACAGUAGUGUCCCGGCCACCACCCCAAGUCCAAAUGGCACCACCUAUAUCCUUAGAACCUAUGAGCAGUUUAUCUGCCAGCUUAGAGAACCAACUAGAAGCUUUCUUGGAUGGAACUUUACCUUCAGCCAACGAAAUUGCUCCACUACAAAGCAGCAGUGAAGACAGAGAGCCUUUCUCUCUGAUUGAGGACCUCCAGAAUGAUCUGCUGAGCCACUCAAGCGUGCUGGACCAUUCUCACUCCCCCAUGGAAACUUCUGAGGCCCAGUUUGCUGCAGGUACUCCCUGUCUGUCUCUUGACCUUUCAGACUCAAACUUGGACAACAUGGAGUGGUUAGACAUCACCAUGCCCAACACCUCUUCAGGACUCACUCCUCUCAGCGUCACUGCACCAAGUAUGUUCUCUGCUGACUUUCUAGACCCACAAGACCUACCAUUGCCAUGGGACUAACAUCACAGAUUUCUUGUCUCAGAAUUCAUGAGGUUUAAGAACAUGAAGAAGAUUCUAAAAGAUCAGUUUUUAGAGAUAGAUCCAUAGUUGCAUUGCUGCAAUUAAAAUAUGUUGUCAGAGAAAGAAUGGAUAAAAGGUCAUAGCCUGGAACCCAAGUUUGAAAACAUUUCAUUGUAUUUAGUAGUGAAUUUCUACAGUUUAAUAUAGCACAGGGCCUUCUGAAAAACAUACUAGUCAGAGAAGACUCUUUUUCUCUAGACUUCAGUAAGAAAUAAAAACAUAAAGAAAAGUAAUGUAUGCAGGAAAAUGACAUUAGGAUUCUCUGGUAAUCGACUACAUUUAAACCUCCGUGGUCAUUAUAAGAUCCUAAAUAAAAGGCAGACAGCUCCACUUAAAAAAUAAGGCCAAUGUGUGAGGGAGGUAAGAGGUCACUGCACUCAGUACUUCCUAGGGAUGGCCAGAGCCAGGCCCAAGACACAGCAAGGGUCAAAGGCAGUGGAGAACGCUGGUCAGUUCCAUGACAGCUUCUAGCUGAAGACUUUUGCUUCUCUUCAGAAACCUGUGUAAUUUUUUUGUGGUAUAGUUUAUUUUGUGAUUUUGGGAAUCUUACAUUAUAUAUGUAGAUUUAAGUUUAAACAGAAGGUCUUUCACCAUAACCAGAAGAUGUCUACAAAAUAUUGUCAUAAAUGAUACACUUUUAAAAGUCCAGGUAUAUUGAUAGCACUGAAAGUUCUACUAGCACCCUCUGGGUUGAUUAGAUUGAUUUAGUGUAUAUAAUAGGUGUUUGUAUGUAUACUCUGACAUUGUGAUUUGUACAGCCUGCAUUGGGGUAAGGAAAUGGGUAGCCAGUGGUCCUACUUUUUUAAAUAACUCGAAUAUUUCUAGAGUACUUGAGCCACAUGUAUUUCUGUAUUUAAAAAAUUGCUGACUAACUUUCAGGUAACCAGACCCAUCUCAAAGAACCUAGAAAAGGCUUUAGCAUGAAAUACCUUUCUAAGCUGGUGAGUUAGAAGAAUGGAAAGUAAGGGGAAGGUCUGUCACCUACCCAGGACAUUCCCACAGCAAGUAUAGGUCUGACUGUGCUGUGAGGUGGGCCACCAGGGCCCAGUUCUGGCUGUCUUUCUUCUGUCUUUCUUCCUGGUUAUCAUUUUACGGGCUUGUAACUGGAUGUUCUCCCGGAGAUCUUACUAUAUUGUUAAACAUACGAUUGAAAAACUGGAGGGUUUUUUUAGGUUUUUUAAUAUAGAGAAAAAAGUUAUUACAUAUUUGUUAAGUAGUUUAAGAAUUUUCUAAAAUGCCAACUAUCACAGGAUUAUUUCAAGCUAGUCAUUUAAAUAUAUGACAAAAUAUAAAUAACUGAACAAAAAACUGAAAUCUACCAAAUGAGUGUGGAGGUUUUUAUUAAAUAUCAUUGUGCUCCUCACCUCACCCUUAUGUAAACUCUAGGGUCAGGUUGAUUCCCCUGGGUCAUUAAAUGGUUAGUGUUCAUAGUGACAUGCAAGAGGCAACCUGACUUGCUAUUUGGAAAGGAUUUGUGAAGUAUUUCUUGGUUUUUGUUCUGCCUAAGAGCUGAGCUGAUCUUAUUUCAGAUUUUUGUUUUUGUUUUUGUUUAUAAAUUUUACUACAUGUAAGGCAAGUCUGUUUCAUCCAGUGUUAGCACACUAGGGUGCUCUGCUCACUGGCACUUCCUGGACUCGAAGGCACUGACAGUGCUCUCGGGCCUUCUGAGUGGUUCACAGCCGGGCCACUGUGCCUGGUGUAGUCUACAGUGAAUAGUCUCAGUGUUCAGAAAUUGGUAAACCACACAUGAGAUAUGAGAACUCUCUGUUAACCAGAACACCAUCCUCCAACCAAGCCCAAAGAGAGCAUACUGCACUAGGUGUGACGGGAAUUCCCCAUCAGUUCCAUUGAGAGGGCCUGAAUCCAGGGCUGGCCUAUUUACUUGGGAAGGUGCUUUUCUUGUGGGAAGUCCUGGCUAUGGUUUUUUGCUGAGGGUUGCUGUCCUGGGGUUUAUCAGGUCCAUACUUAGGCUCUGGGCAUUUUCUUCACUCAGAUUUGAAUGGCUUCUUAAAUUAGCACCAAAUAACUUUGAUAUUUCCAUAAUCCUGAGCUGUGUACAUAGAUAGUUUUCUAGCCCUUGGGUCCCUUUAUUGCUUUUUAAAAUAGAGCUUGAAUCAUACCACAGGAAGGUUGCUCUCCAAAAAUACACGGUGCAGUGCAAAGAAUCCUAUCUCAUUAGCCUACUCUCUCUUGACUAAGAAUUGCUAAAGUGCCCACUUCACAUAUGUAUUCCAACCUUUAUAUACCAGUAUUUCAUUUUUGAAAAGUCAAGGAAUCUCUAGCUAUUAACUCUCCAACCCUUCCUGCUUAUACCAUUCCGCUUGGCCCUCCUCUCCUGGCUCAAGUAGCCGGCCAGACACUUGUGACAUGAGUGCUGCUCCCCCAGGAUCUCUACAUGUCUCAGGUUAGAGUGAGGACAUGUGUGUGCUCACAUGCAUGUGACAUGACCAAAGACGAUACUCUGUAAACAAGGCCCCUGACUCAGUGCACGUGAUGGUAAGUGCAAUGGGAAAGGGUAUAUGCUGACAAAAGGAAACUGGUUGUUGUUGGGUAAGGUUAGUUUCACAAUCAUCACAGCACAGGUCAAAACAGCCAGUUGAAAUUUCAGUGUGCAUGUGUAUAUUUUAGCAGUGGUACUGUUGUAUAUCAUAUUGCAGAAUAUCAUAUUGCCAAGAAGAUAACUAACUCCUAGAGAUACGUUAUCUCACAUCCCAGUCUUAUUUCUCUACAUAUUCUUGAAACACAGCAGUAUCAACCUUACUUUUCUAUUGUAUAUAGAUAUUAGCUUAUCUUAUUGGGGAGUGGGAUGAAUAAAAAAAAGUUAUACCAAAGCUUCUACAAAGUCUUUGGAAGUCUAGGGGUAUGUGGUCAUCUUGUACAUUUCAGCAAAGCACCUACUGGGAAACCUCUUAGGACAAUGUUAGCAGUUCACGGUCUAGUGUUUUCCUUGAAAUGUGCAAUCUACUGUAUAGUAUUUGCCACAUGUUUGUACAUAGAUGUAUUCUGAAUUCAUGGAGUUUCUUGCUUAGAUACUAUUUGUGUUUGUUGCAUGUGUAUAUUUUUGUAUACUAAAGAGAUCUUAUUUAAAUUUCCUUUUUAAAAACUGCAUGGUUCUGUGGUCCAUGUAACAGACACUCUUGCUUGGAUGUGCUAUUUAGGAAUAGUGGCAAAGGCAAUCUGCUGCUGCCUCCAAACUGCUGCCUGUGGAAGGCAACGUCAUGGUAAUAAGAUAGCGCCGCUAAACGGUGUAGUCAGCGGACACUGAGGGAUGUUUCAGGAGCGCAUAACCCACUUUGUCACCAAAGCUGACUCAGGCUUCCUCUACUCUCAACCUCAGAUCAUUCCAGGCAGCAUAGUUUUCUUCAGAGUUCUUUGAGAGUUCCCAGUCUGAAACCAGCCGCGGCAGCUGACAAAAUAGCUGCUCCCACAAGUGAUGGGACGGUCCCUUUACUGUCCGCAAGUGGAUUUGGCCUUAAAAAAGCGGUAAAGCACUUGGCACGGCUGAAAAUAUUUGCAUCCUCCCACCACUUUCAUAGGCUCGCAGGGUGGCUAGCCUCGCAGAAGCACUGGCUGUCAGUUAGGUGGGGGACUCAUGGCACUGCUAGGGAUUUUUUUUAGAGAAAGUUAAAGAGAACAGCUAUUCAGUGUCUGCCAGCAGAACAACGCAUGUCAGUUUAACCAGAUUCACAACUCUGUUUUUCACUACCCAUUACUGCAAAUACAAACGUUGGAUACUGGCAACAGAGAAUACCUGUACAAAUGGUCACAUUGCCCUCGAGAUAACAAAAUUAGCCCCAAAUUAUCAAAGAACAGUCAACUGGAAGGUGGUCAGGGUUAUCAAGGGACAUAGCUUAAGAGUGCAUUGAAUGUGUAUUUGGAGAGCAUCCUAACUGCAUUUCAGCUCAUCUUUUAAGAGAUUCAGUCAAAACUGGAAAAUAACAAUUAAGAUGUAGUAAUUUUUUUUCCUGGUUCAAAAACUUGCUCACUCAACAGUCAUUCUGGGCUACAUUUUUCUUUGUAAAGUUACUCUCUCUGCAUAGCAAUCAGCAGGUCCAUGUUUUUUUCUGCAUUCACCCUUUUUUGCAGUCUCCAAGGCAACACAUCAUUGCAGAAGAUUUCUACCCAAAAUCUUUCAUUGAAGGCCUGUAAUUCAAAAAGCUGCACAUGUUUACAGAAGAGCUGUUAUCCUCCAUGCAAACAUUGCUCUGUGAAUCAUUUUUGGAAACUGUCACAGUUUUGUGACAAUAUGAUGGCAAUCUCAGAUCUACAAGGUGCUGUCUGGAAUCAGAAUAUGUUAUCAGAGAUAUCAACACAGCUAUAGUGUUUAACAGAGCUUUAUGCCAACUACUAAGAAAAAGCUUUAACAAAGUUUAUAGAAUCACUGAAACUCCUAACAAUUACCUCUCUACAUUAUGCUGUAAGGAAUCUUGCUAAUUUGGUAGGAAAAGGAAGCAUUUAGGAAAGGGUUUAGUAGCUACCAAAAGUACUUGACCUCAAGUAACCAAUAGUAAUGCAAACUUCCUUUAAAGGAACCAAAGGCAUUGCCAAGUAUUUGCCAAAAGGAGGCACUUUUUAUUUAAAAUUUCAGACUAAUGAAAUCUCAAAAAUCAGUCCCAAAUAGGUAUUAUCCAUCUAAGGUUAUAAUUUUCACAAAGAUGUAGAUAUUUCUCGAUUGUUUUCAUGUAAAAUAGUAUAGAAUUGUUUUAUUGGUUUAAGAUAAUACAUAUUUAGUAGUAAUACAAAGUUUUUUUCUUUCAAUGUAGAAAUUGGUUUUCUUCUUUUCUUGCUUGCAAUAGAAAUGCAAUGUGAUAGGUGUUUCUCUUCUUAUUUUCAUUGUCACAUUAUGUCUUAGCAUCUCACUUUAUGGAAAAAAAAAAAAAAGGAGAAAGAUACCAAUCUACAGAGACCUGGUUGUUGAAGCACUAGUUUAAUAAACAAAAAUUAUGGCAAUCAGGGGUCUAUUCAUGUAUUGCCUUUAUGUUGUUUUUUAAAAGAGAAACCAUGAUGCCUUUGUAUUUGCUGUUUGCACCCCUGAAAUCAAUUCCAUAUCAUGUUUGAAUGCCAUACAUUUUGCACAUGUACUGUACAUAGGUAAUGCAUACUGUAUUUUUAUAUGUGUGCGCAUUUAUCAUCAGAUCUUUUGUACAUAGUGGCAGUAUCGUAGCUGAUCGGGAAAUGUUUGAUAUCUCCGCAAUUUUGCAUUUUGUGUCUCAAAUAAAAAAACAUUUUGAUGUAC